AUUGUCUGGAAGCUCACCAGAACCUCCCCGUUUCCGUCAUCGGUGGUCGCUUUUACCGCCUUACCGAGUUACCAUUCCAAUCGACUCGUUUGCCGCUUUAUUUUUAAAUCUUCCAGAGCAAGUUUGAAGGGAUGAAACCGUUUCAUUUCAUAAAUCUCCAGCGUUAGCUUACCAAGUAAGUACUAGACCAUUUUAAAGCACUAGAAUUUUGGCACUCCCGACAAUCAGUAUACGGACCGGAAGUCUGGCAAUACUCCCUGCAUUUGUUGGCAACGUCUUCCGCCCAUUCGAAUAUUCCAUCAUCUGCCGUACGUUAAUUUCGUCGCCAAGAAGAUGAGUCUGAAUUCAUCAUCCAGGUCCGCCACAUCGAAUUCAAAUUCGAAGCGGAGCGUGACCUCAAACUCUAAUUCCAACCCUUCCACUUCGGGCAAUAACAGCUGUCGAAAUAAUGACAAGAGAAACAGGAAGCGGAAAACUGACCAAAAUCAGAAAACCCUAGGCAUGGCUUGGGGAGCAAAUUCUCGAUCUUCUUCCCGCUCCGCCUUUCGCAAUUCACCCUUCCCCGAUUUCGGCAGUUACAUGGUUAUGAAGAAUCAGAAGCUACAUCAACAGUUUGAUGCUGAGGCUUCAUCUUCUUCAGUUAGUGGUGCUUGUUCUGGAAAACCCAUAUUUGAUGGAGUAUCUAUUUUUGUUGAUGGAUAUACAGUGCCUUCUAGCCAGGUGAUGCCAAAUUCUGAGGAACUAAAAGGUUACAUGUUGAAGUAUGGAGGACGCUUUGAGAAUUACUUUUCGCGCCAUCAUGUUACUCAUAUUAUCUGCAGUAAUCUUCCUGACAGUAAAAUUAAAAAUUUAAGGUCCUUCAGUGGCGGACUUCCAGUUAUUAAACCUACAUGGGUGCUGGAAUCUGUUGCUGCCAAUAAAUUGUUAAGCUGGAUACCUUACCAGCUUGAUCAACUUGCGAGUGAAACCAAGAAACAACCAAAAUUAUCAGCAUUUGGUUUCAAAUCUGGCCCAGUCCUUGAUGAUUUGGAAGAAUCUAUAAGUGGCCAAGCGGUGCCUCAAUCUGGUAUUGCAACAUUGAGGACUAGCUGCAGUUUGGAAGCUAAUAUAUUUGGCAAGGCUGAAUGUACUGAAGAGGUAGAGGAGUGUCAUUCAGUUUCUGAUGACCCCUUUCAUCCAAAUGCUGCUGAAUCAACAGAUCAAGCACCAACUUAUUGCAUGGAAAAUCACUGUGAGGUGGAAUUGGAUGCUGCUGUGGUGGGUCAAUCCGAUGCUGGAUAUCAUUCGCACAUAAGUCCUUGUCAAGAUCCUAAGUCAGACCAUAACGACUGCUUGGAAGAUCACAUAAUUGAGGAGUCAUCGAGUUCCAAAACCAUUAGGCCCAGUACAACAGGGCAUUCAACUCUUUCAGAUGCAAAUUUUGUGGAAAACUAUUUUAAGUUUUCUAGGCUGCAUUUUAUUGGCACUUGGAGAAACCGUUAUCGUAAACGUUUUCUGAGCUCUGCUAAUGGUUUUAAGGAUAUGAAUCCCAGUCGUAAUGCUUUUGCAACAUCCCAGAAAACUACCAUUAUCCAUGUGGACAUGGAUUGCUUCUUUGUAUCAGUGGUUAUUAGGAAGCACCCUGAUUUGAAAGAUAAGCCCGUUGCUGUUUGCCAUUCAGAUAAUUCUCGAGGAACUGCUGAGAUUUCUUCUGCAAAUUAUCCUGCUCGAAAUCAUGGGGUGAAGGCUGGAAUGUUUAUUAGAGAUGCUAAGGCCCUUUGUCCUCAGCUUGUCAUUUUGCCAUAUAAUUUUGAUGCUUAUGAGGAGGUGGCUGAUCAAUUUUAUGAUAUUUUACAUAAGCAUUGCAACAAAGUGCAGGCUGUUAGCUGUGAUGAAGCAUUUAUAGAUGUCACUGACUUAAGAGUAGAGGAUCCUGAGCUUUUUGCGAGAGCUAUUAGGACAGAGAUUCAUGAAACCACAGGAUGCACUGCGAGUGCUGGAAUUUCUGGGAGUAUGCUUAUGGCUCGUGUCGCAACAAGGAUUGCAAAACCAGAUGGCUUGUGCUACAUUCCUUCUGAAAAGGUGGAUGAUUAUUUGCAUGAGCUUCCAGUUAAAGCACUUCCUGGAAUUGGUCAUGUUUUAGAGGAGAAAUUGAAAAAGAAGCAAAUAAAUACUUGUGGCCAGUUACGUUUGAUCUCCAAGGAAUCUCUUCAAAAAGAUUUUGGUGUGAAAACAGGCGAUAUGCUCUGGAAUUUCAGCAGGGGGAUUGAUAAUCGGUUGGUUGGAGUGUUUCAGGAAAGCAAAUCCAUUGGUGCGGACGUGAACUGGGGUGUGAGGUUCAAUGAUUUGAAUGAUAUGAAGGAUUUCUUAUUGAAGCUUUGCAAGGAGGUGUCAUUACGAUUGCAGGGAUGCGGACUUAAAGGCCGCACCAUUACCUUGAAGAUAAAGAAGAGAAGAAGUGAUGCUGGGGAGCCAGUGAAGUAUAUGGGCUGUGGUGACUGUGAGAAUCUAAGUCGUUCUGUCACGCUCCCAAUGGCUACAGACGACGUGGAUGUAUUUCAGAGGAUAACAGCUCAGCUUUUUGGAUAUUUUCAUAUAGAUGCAAGAGACAUUAGAGGAGCAGGCUUGCAGGCAUCUAAACUUGAAAGUGCUGACAGGAAUAUACGAGGGCAUGAGAAGUACUCCAUUCGAUCUUGGCUAGUCUCCUCACCAGCAAGGAAAAGUAGUAUGGGCAAAGAUGUUAGUGAACAUAUGAAUGGUGCAGGCAAGGGUGAUCAGUUAUACUCUGAUAUUGGACCUCCAGUUCAAGCGAAGGGUAGUUUUUCCGGUGGGGAAGCACAUGUUGUGCAUCGUGCAACUCUCCCUGCUCUACAUGAGCUUGAUGUUGGAGUGAUAGAGUCUCUUCCUCCUGAAGUUUUAUCAGAGAUUAAUGAUCUGUAUGCAGGGGAGUUAAUAAGCUUCAUUUCCAAGAAGAAAGAGAAAAAUGCUGGGAACAAUGUGAUGGAUGAAGAACAAUCUCUUUCCAAUCCAUUGGUGCCCCCAAACAAGGAUUUUGUUCAUGAUGCGGCUGAAAAGAUCAAGUCAUCUGAGAAAGAAGAUGAACAGUAUAUAAACAAAAUGAUCCAAGGGUUGCCAGAAACCUCUGGGUCAGUUACUGCUCUACUUCCAGAGACAGACAGCCUUAUGCCAUCAUCAUUAAGUCAAGUCGAUUCAUCAGUGUUGCAGCAAUUGCCUGAAGAGCUUCUAGCAGACGUACUUGUGUCUCUUCCUGCCCAUAGGAGGCCAGAUUUUAUGUCAAAUGAUGUAUACUUGGACCAUAUUAGGGAUCAGACUGGAGCAAUUGAUUUCCUGCCGAGCAAUAAUCUCUGGGUUGGAAAUCCACCAAGAUGGGUUGACAAUUUUAGACUCAGCAGUUGUCAGCUGUUGAAUCGAAUAGCAGUUUUGUACAACAAGUCUAGCCCUCGUGGUCAGUUUUCAUCUGUAUUGCAGCUUAUUAUGUCUGAGUAUCCCUUAGAUGAUGGAGGGGAUGACGCAGUUAAUUGCUUGUGUGAGCUGAUGAAGCAAUAUAUUAAGCUUAAAAUUGAAACUGAUGUUGAAGAGAUAUAUACUUGUUCUUGCCUUUUAAGAAGGUUGACUUCGAGGUCAGAAUUGUUCUUACAGGUUUAUAAUUGCAUCAUUCCUCACCUUCAGGCUGCUGUUGGAGAAACCUACGGUGGAGACCUCAAUAUUUGUUUCAUAGAGUAGUGUUUUUGGCACUUCAGUGAUUCCAUUUCUGUAAUCCAAAUGAUGCAAGUCUUCAUGUGAGAGAACCAUUCUCGUUCAUUUCUCAUUUGCUGAACGCUGAAGAGCAUGACUGGGACCAAGAUGGAGGUUUUAACGGGGGAAUACCUGGCAUGGUGAUUUUUUGUUUUGCCAUAACUUGGGGAAUGCUGUUCUUUGUAUGGCUAUUGUGCAUCUGAGAAUUCACCGAUUCUUGAAGACAGAUAAUUGUGGUAUUUGAGGUCCCAAGACGGAUUUGAACUGGUUAUAGGGGGAGUUGGGAGUUACAAACUGCUUUUGGUCCCCUAUCAACACCUUCACUAGGUGGACAUUUGUGGAAUUUGUACUGCAUCAAAUGAGGGCAAUUGUGGAAUUUAAGUUGAGGUGUGCCUCUGUCCUCUUCUCUCACAAACUCUCCCAUGCCGACUGAUGCACCGAACCACCGAUUUAAUUCCCCUAAGUGCCGCCCGCCAACUCUCCCCUUUCUCCUUUCUCCAUCACCCCUCCUCAUCACCAUUGGGAAGAAUAUUAGACAAGGAAAAUUGACCUACUUGCAGAUGCAAGAUUUGGCGGUAGCCAUCAUAUUCUCCGCCGGCCUUCCGAUUCUCAAUUACCACCAAUUAAAAAUGCAUCUUGUCCCUGGCCCACCACUUCCCUCUUUUCUGCCAAAUAAUUGUUGGCUUCCCCUCCAUCCGUAGAUCCAAUAUGGCUGGUUAUUGGAGAUAAUUCAGGCGUACACAAAUGGGAGACCAAGAAUAGUCAUUGAAAGAAAACAACUAUGACUUCUACGCGGUUGUUUUCCUUAGCUGUUGUUUUCUUAUCUCAGCUACAUAUUAUUGUCAUCGCAGCGACUUCAUUAACGCCUGGUAGAAGUGGAUGAUGCAAUCGAAGAGAAUCGUGCCUUGAAUGACAUUGACGACCACCAACUCCAUUAAGGUACUUGAUUUACCAACUUUGAUUUGGAGGAGUUGCGAUGAAUGUGGCCAUGCACCAAAAUGGUUUCGCCUGAUUGCUGCCAUGCAGUGUGUAUCCACUAUGAUUGGUUUUACUUGUUUCAGAGAUUGAGUACCUUAAUGCUGAAUGUAAUGAAAUUAUUAUUUAUGGGGAGUUUAAGACCAGCAAUAUCCUCCUUGACAAAAAACAUACGAGCAAAUAUUCGUCCCUAAAUUUUUUUGCCGUGUCAA